ACAAUUUUUUUUUCUUUGAAUAGUUUGAUAAGAUAAGUUGAAUAAAUAAUAAUGUUGUAUAAUGUAUUUUUUAAAUAAUGUUUAAAUUUUCUUACAUUAUACUUGAAAGUGUUUAAAUAAACUAUAUUAGUGAAUAGAAAAUAAAACUUUCCACGCCCAUUUGAGAACCUAACCUUAUAAAUUGUAUGCGGUUGACUCAUUUUAUAAAAUUUUUUUACACACGUACCUCGCUUAUUUGUAGAUGAGAAAAAAUAUACGUGGCAUUACUCGAUAAAUAGUUCUCUUCUGGCAUACACUUUUCACAAAAAGUGCUUCUUCACAUUAUGCAUGAGAAGAAAAAGAAAUUAAGUCCCAUGAAAGCUUUAAUUCUUGUUGGGGGUUAUGGAACGAGACUUCGUCCAUUAACUCUCAGUCGUCCAAAACCACUAAUUGAAUUUGCAAAUAAACCAAUGUUGCUUCAUCAAAUUGAAGCUUUGGUUGAAAUAAAUGUAACUGAAGUUAUUUUGGCAGUAUCAUAUCGUGCUGAACAAAUGGAAAAGGAUUUGAGACAAGAAGCUGUAAAAUUAGGUGUUAAUUUAAUAUUCUCUCAUGAGACUGAACCUUUGGGUACAGCUGGACCAUUGGCACUUGCUGCACAGCAUUUGCGAUCUAAUGACGAACCAUUUUUCGUACUCAAUUCAGAUAUUAUUUGUGAUUUUCCAUUUAAAGAACUUUUGGAAUUUCACAAAAAUCAUGGACACGAGGGAACAAUUGUUGUCACUAAAGUUGAGGAACCUUCGAAAUAUGGUGUUGUUUUAUAUGAUGACAAAGGAAAAAUUGACAGUUUCAUAGAGAAACCACAAGAAUUUAUUUCAAAUAAAAUAAAUGCAGGUAUUUAUAUUUUCAAUCCAAGUGUUUUGAAAAGAAUAGAACUUCGUCCUAUGAGCAUAGAAAAAGAAGUCUUUCCGGGUAUGGCAAACGAUAAUGAAUUAUAUGCCAUGGAUUUGCCUGGAUUCUGGAUGGAUGUUGGUCAACCAAAAGAUUUUCUCAAAGGAAUGGGUAUGUAUCUCACAUCGUUGAGACAAAAGACACCUGAAAAAUUAUAUUCCGGUCCAGGAGUUAUUGGAAACGUUUUAGUUGAUCCAACAGCAACAAUUGGAAAAGAUUGUCGAAUUGGUCCAAAUGUGACUAUUGGUCCAGGUGUUACAAUUGCUGAUGGAUGUUGUGUAAAGAAAACAACUAUUCUUCAAUCGGCAACAGUAAAAGAACACACAUGGCUUGAUGGUUGCAUCAUUGGAUGGAGAAGCGUUGUUGGCCGAUGGGUGAGAAUGGAAGGGACAACUGUAUUGGGUGAGGAUGUUAUUGUGAAAGAUGAAUUAUAUAUAAACGGUGGUCAGGUAUUACCACAUAAAAGUAUCGCUGCCUCGGUUCAAGAACCGCAAAUUAUAAUGUGAAAUAAUUAGCACAAUAACAGGUACACUUUAUUGACUGAUAUUUCUUAAUUAAUUAUUAUAAAUUUGUAAAUAUUUUGCAAUACUUUACUUUAUAUAUCCAUAUAAAAAUUUAUAAAAAAAUAUAUAAUAUAUAUUAAUAACGAUAAAAAUUAAUUUUUAAACAAUAAUAACGAUGAAAUUAAUUUAAAAAAAUAAUUCUAUUUCUCUAUUAUUAUUAUUAUUGUACAAUUGUUUAUUUAAUAAAGGAAAAAAAUAAAAAUUAA